AUGACUGAUUUAAUGAAUACAUCAACACAUUCUCAUCAUUAUCCACCUAAUCCAAAUGAAGUUGUUGGUAAUCGACGACCAGGACGUCCAACAAGUGCACAACAACGAUCGACAACACCAACACGUAAUCGACCACAACAGAAUACAACUAUAAAUGGUUUAAAUACAACAGCAAAAUUAGAACAAUCAAUAUUGAAACAUGAACACGAUCGUACAAUGGCAUUGACAAAUUCAACAAAAUUAAAUGGAAAAGGAAAAAAUCGUUUAUAUUCAACUUGGACACCUUUACAAGAUGAUGAAACAAAUGCUCGAUUAUUUGAUGAACGUAGACAACUUGCGAAUAAAUGGUUUGAAAAAUGGACUGAUGAUCAACGUCGUAUUGCACUUGAAGAUUUAUUCGCUCAAUGUCGUCCUCGUCAAUUAACAUAUGCAAGAAAUUUAUUAACAAAAAAAUUUCCUGCUCAACAUGCAGAUUUUACUCGUUUAUUUCCACGUGUACUUUGUCUUUAUAUAUUUUCAUUUCUUGAUCCACGUAGUCUUUGUCGUUGUUCACAAACAUGUUGGUAUUGGAAAUUUUUAUGUGAAUCUGAUCAAAUCUGGAUGCCGAAAUGUCUUCGUUUUGGUUGGACACCAAAACAAAGUUCAUCACCAUAUGAAAGUAACGUUUGGAAACGUGUCUAUUCAUUUAAUAUUCAAGCAUUACAAACAAUGCCUAUUCGAACCUAUUCUCAUCGUUCACAAAGUGGUUAUUAUGAUGAUCAAUUAUCUCCUCAUGAAGAUACUGCUCGUACACAUUCAACUCGUCAUCAACAUAAUCAAUCUCAUUUAUCAUCAUCAACUUAUCGUCGUUUAGAACAACCACCAUGGCGUACUAAUAGUCGAAAUCCAAGUGAUACACUUCGUUAUAAUUAUUUGGAUAAUGAUGAUAGUGCACUUGAAUCUUUAAUUGCUAAACAUCGUAAAUAUGGAACAAGUAUUCUUCAACAAACAGAAUCUGAUCAUGAAUUAAAAAAUACCAAUAAAGAACAACAAACACGUAGUCGUACUAAUGAAAGAUAUGAACAUAAUGGAAGAAAACGACGAAGUCAAUCUUUGAGUGCUCGUGGUAGUCCAUCAGUCAGUUUUCGUGAUGAACAUACAUCAAGAAAUUCUAAUCAUAAUCAUUCAUUUUUGGCUCGACCUCCAUCAACAUCAGGCAUUGUUAAUCGACCUGUAGAUAUUCCUCGACCACCAUCAUCGGCUCAAAAAUUAAAAUAUACAUCAAAAACAUCAACCAAUGAUAUAGCAAAUCGAACAUGGCAUUCAACAAAUAAUUAUAAUGAUGUUGAUGAAUAA